CACUUGAUGAAACUGGAGGGUACAGAACCGGAGAGACUCCGCCCAACCAUGACCCUCCACAAAUCCGUAGCCAGAGACAGCAGCCAAUGAAUGACUGACAGUUUGACAAUCAGUGCAGCUGACCAUGGCUUCUCUCUCCGCCACUCGUCUUCUGCCUUCCGUCACCACCUCCGCGUCUGCUACGCGAUUCUCCUACCGCUCCGCCCUCUCCCUUAGCUCCCUCCGAUCGUCCCUUCUCCUCUCCCGCCUCUUCCUUCCCCAGAAAAGCGCUCUGGGAAGAUUUUCGAGUCGGAGAAUUGGUUAUUCGACUGUGCCGUCGCCGAAAUGCUCAGCAUCGGACCCCGACCAGCUGAAGAGUGCGCGUGAAGAUAUAAAAGAGCUUCUCAAGACCAAGUACUGUCAUCCUAUUCUGGUUCGGCUAGGUUGGCAUGAUGCCGGUACAUAUAACAAGAAUAUUGAGGAGUGGCCACAAAGGGGUGGUGCUAAUGGAAGUUUAAGGUUUGAAGUUGAACUGAAGCAUGGAGCAAAUGCCGGGCUUGUCAAUGCUCUUAAACUUCUUCAGCCCAUCAAGGAGAAGUAUUCUAAUGUGACAUAUGCAGACUUGUUUCAGUUGGCUAGUGCUACUGCUAUAGAGGAAACUGGGGGACCCAAAAUUCCCAUGAAGUAUGGAAGAGUAGAUGUAUCUGGACCUGAACAAUGCCCAGAAGAAGGGAGACUCCCUGAUGCUGGACCCCCUUCCCCUGCUGCUCAUCUACGUGAUGUCUUCUACAGGAUGGGGUUGAAUGAUAAGGAGAUAGUGGCUCUCUCUGGUGCACACACUCUCGGAAGGUCAAGGCCAGAUCGUAGUGGAUGGGGGAAACCCGAGACCAAAUACACGAAAGAUGGACCUGGGGCCCCUGGAGGACAAUCUUGGACUGUGCAGUGGUUGAAGUUUGAUAAUUCCUACUUUAAGGAUAUUAAAGAAAGAAGAGAUGAGGAUUUGCUAGUUUUACCCACAGAUGCUGUUCUCUUUGAAGAUCCUUCCUUCAAGGUAUACGCGGAGAAAUAUGCUGAAGAUCAAGAUGCAUUUUUCAAAGAUUAUGCUGAAGCCCAUGCUAAGCUUAGCAAUCUUGGAGCUAAAUUUGACCCACCUGAGGGUUUCUCAUUAGAUGAUAGUCCUCCAAAAGGUCAGCCAGAAAAAUUUGUGGCUGCCAAGUACUCAACAGGAAGGAGAGAACUCUCAGAGGCUAUGAAACAAAAGAUUAGAGCAGAAUAUCAGGCUGUUGGCGGAAGUCCAGAUAAGCCUCUCCAAUCAAACUAUUUCCUGAAUAUCAUGAUUGUGAUUGCUGUUUUGGCAUACCUGACAUCUUUGGUUAUGAACUGAUAUGUUUUUGGUAUUAUAUAUAGAAUAAAAUAGUUUUUUUCGAAACUUGAAUUGA